AUGAGUGGUCCGUAUAUUUUACCCGAGGCAGAGCAUUUGCUUGGGGAGGAAGUUGAUUUUGAUCUAAAGCUGAGAGGUCAGAUUGUCGAUCGCAGAGAGACUUUAGAAGAUCGACAAAGAUUCCUUCGUAGGCUAUUGAUGGAGGAGAAAAAGGCUAAAACGGAGCGGAAAGGGAAACAUCUUUUUAAAGAUGAAAUCGAUCUUAUUAGGGAAAAAGUAGAAGCGAUCUCAGCCAGUUUAAGUAAACGGUUAGAUCGAGUGUUAGUCUCGAGAUUACGUCAUUAUCUUAUUCGGGCACAUAGUGCCGUUGUUCAAGAUGAAGCUGAGAAACAGGACAAACGAGAAAUUUGCCAGCAGAUAGAGGAGAUAUUGAAGAGUUUCGAACUUAAAGUGUAUAUGGGUUCAGAGGAACCAUUGAAGGAGGAUAGGAAAGAUCAGAAGAUUUCAAAAACUAAAGUAGGUGAAGAGAGAGGCACAAAAAGUGCGGAAGAAGAGAAGAGUGGAAAUAGGAAAGAGGGAAAUAACGAAGAGAAAUCAGAAAGCGAAAUUGAUGAAAAAGCGGCUGAGAAGCAGAGAGAAUUAGAGGAAGAGUGGAAGGAAUUCAUACUAUGGAAACAAGAUAAGAUUUUUAAUGAUGCAAAGAAAAAGAGUGAGAAUGAUAAAGCCAAAAUGUUAGAAGCAGACAAGGAGAGGCAACGGAAACAGAACGUUGAUGAGAGGCCACCGGAGAGUACUAAGAGCCGGAAAUCUCGUUCUGACUAUAGACAGGAAGACGAAGAUAGUAAAAGUGAGACUGAAGAAAGCAGUGACGGAAGGUCGCCGGAGCGCAAUAAGAGCCGGAAGUCACGAAACGAGAAAGAAAGGAAGAAAGACAGUCAUAGGGUUGACCGACGGCCGCCGAAGAGCGAGAAGAGCCGGAAGUCACAUAGAGAACUUGAGCGGACAGAGAAGUACGAUAGACGGCCGCCGGAGAGCAGCCCGCCUUCCGAGGUAGUCAAACGGAGGGGAGUGAAGUUCGUUGAGUUAGUCGAGCGAAACUCACCCGACAGUCGCCUAAAACUGUCGAUAAGACCACCAUUUCGCUACAACCCCCCUGGUGGUCAGCUGUCGAGAGCGCGGUUUCCGUACGUCACCAAUUAUCGUACGCUGAACCGAACCCGAACCGAGAAUUAG